UUUUGCUAAUUUGACUUGUUGCGUUUCAGUGCACUCCAACUGUGUAUCCCGCCGAGCCAUUCGAUGCAAACGCGGACGCCACUAUCUUGCGUAAAGCGAUGAAGGGAUUCGGCACGGACGAGAAGGCGAUUAUCGACGUGCUUACAAAGAGAGGCAUUGUACAGAGACUGGAGAUCGCGGAGGCGUUCAAGACCAUGUACGGAAAAGAUCUGAUCAGCGAUUUGAAGAGCGAGCUGACUGGAAAACUGGAGGAUGUCAUUGUUGCCCUUAUGACCCCGUUGCCCCAUUACUAUGCCAAAGAGCUGCACGACGCGAUUAGCGGUAUGGGUACUGAUGAGGAAGCAAUUGUCGAGAUUCUGUGCACUCUCAGCAACUAUGGCAUCCGUACGAUCGCCACGUUUUACGAAAAUUUGUACGGCAAAAGCCUUGAGAGCGAUUUGGAGGGCGAUACAUCGGGCCAUUUCAAGAGAUUGCUAGUAUCCCUCGUGCAGGCAAACAGAGAUGAAAAUCAAGCGAUCGAUCAGGCUCAAGCGGUCGCUGAUGCUCAAGCGUUAUACGAAGCUGGUGAAAAACAAUGGGGAACAGACGAAUCUCAAUUCAAUGCAAUCUUGGUAUCUCGCAGCUAUCAGCAACUGCGACAAACGUUUAUCGAGUAUGAGAAACUAUCGGGACAUGACGUAGAGGUUGCCAUAAAGAAGGAAUUUUCUGGCAACAUCGAGAAAGGCUUACUUGGAAUAGUGAAAUGCGUCAAGUCAAAAGUUGGAUUUUUCGCUGAGCGUCUGUACGCCAGUAUGCACGGCAUAGGUACGAAGGAUCGGACACUAAUCCGUAUCAUUGUGUCUCGAAGUGAAAUCGAUUUGGGAGAUAUUAAAAAGGCAUUCGAAGAACGCUACGGAAAGUCAUUGGAGAGCUGGAUAGCUGGAGACACUUCGGGAGAUUACAAGAAGGCACUUCUUUCCUUGGUCUCCACAUAAUUUUGAUGAAGCUGUUAAGGGUCCAGGUGCACACUUGCCUAUUAAUGCAUUAUCUACGAAAAACAACUUUAUAUAUUUCUACAUGGAUUCCAGCUUAAUAUUGUUUAGUGUACUAAUGAGGAAUUAGAAAAGGUACAUAGCUGCAUUUUUGAAUACUUAUCAUUUUUGUAAUACUUUUUUGAAAUUUUUACUUUGUAAGUAGGCCAGUAAAACUUUAUGACGUUCUGCGUUCCAAUCUCGUUCACAUAUACAUAAAUUAUAUUUAAUUAAAUUAUAUUUUAUAUAUUCUUAUUUUUAUCAAAAGAUUUACAUAAAGAAUCUCAAAGUGUAAAAGAGUGAGAAAUAAUUGAGAAAUCAAUGAAAA